CGUGGCUCGCAGCUGUCCGGUGCACAGCGUUCUCAAGUUCUCAGUGGCGUUGCCGGCAUCGUCCCCUAAGCAGCCGCCCGCGUCCCGGUUCCUGAGCAGGCCCGGCCUGGCCGGGAGCGACAACGAAGUCCUGGAGCACCCACCGUCCCCGCCGCCUCCUCCGCGGGCGCAGAAGUCGCCCGUGCUGGGGAAGGCGGCAGUCGUCCCUAACCGUCGCCUGGGCACGGUCCGCGGCGGGCCAAUGUCGUCGCCACCCGGCCGCCGCGUCCGCGUGUCGUCCCCAGGGACUAACCGCCAGGGCUCCGAUGCCCGCGAGGAGGUGCGGCGCCGCCUGAAGGACCUCAUCGAGGCCAACCGGGUGAUGAUCUUCAGCAAGAGCUACUGUCCACUUAGCACGAGGGUAAAGGAGCUCUUUUCAUCUUUAGGCGUGGACUAUAACAUCCUGGAACUUGAUCAAGUUGAGGAUGGGGCCAAUGUUCAAGAAGUGUUGACAGAAAUCAGUAACCAGAAAACAGUGCCCAAUAUUUUUGUGAAUAAAGUACACGUCGGCGGAUGUGACCAGACUUUCCAGGCACAUCACAACGGUUUACUGCAGAAGCUCCUUCAGGAAGACUUGGUUCAUGAUUUCGAUCUCAUUAUCAUCGGCGGGGGUUCUGGCGGUCUCUCUUGUGCAAAGGAAGCUGCCAACUUGGGAAAGAAGGUCAUGGUGCUAGACUUUGUGGUCCCAUCGCCUCAGGGCUCAUCCUGGGGCCUUGGUGGCACCUGUGUAAAUGUGGGCUGUAUUCCUAAGAAACUGAUGCACCAGGCAGCCCUCCUGGGGCAGGCCUUGCAGGACUCGAGGAAGUUUGGCUGGGAAUAUAACCAGCAGGUAAAACACAACUGGGAAGUCAUGACAGAAGCGAUUCAGAACCACAUUAGCUCCUUGAACUGGGGCUACCGGCUGACCCUUCGGGAGAAAGGCGUGGCCUACGUCAACGCCUAUGGGGAGUUUGUGGAGCUGCACAAAAUCAAGGCAACCAAUAAAAAAGGACAGGAGACUUUUUACACUGCUUCGAAGUUUGUCAUAGCAACAGGUGAAAGGCCACGGUACCUGGGAAUCCAAGGAGAUAAGGAAUACUGUAUUACGAGUGAUGACCUCUUCUCUCUGCCGUACUGCCCUGGGCGCACGCUAGUCAUAGGCUCCUCCUAUGUCGGUCUGGAGUGCGCGGGGUUCCUGGCUGGCUUGGGGUUAGACGUGACAGUUAUGGUACGCUCUGUCCUUCUUCGUGGCUUUGAUCAAGAAAUGGCAGAGAAGGUGGGAUCUUACAUGGAACAACAAGGUGUCAAGUUCCAGAGGAAAUUCACUCCUGUUUUGGUUCAACAAAUGGAAAAAGGCUCACCUGGAGUAUUGAAAGUCGUGGCUAAGUCUACAGAAGGACCGGAAACAGUUGAAGGGACAUACAACACGGUUUUGUUAGCAAUUGGUCGUGACUCCUGUACAAGGAAAAUAGGGCUGGAGAAGAUCGGGGUCAAAAUCAAUGAGAAGAGUGGCAAAAUACCAGUAAAUGAUGUGGAACAGACCAACGUUCCUCAUGUAUAUGCUAUUGGGGACAUACUGGAGGGCAAACCAGAGCUCACGCCUGUUGCCAUACAGGCAGGCAAGCUGCUAGCCAGAAGACUCUUUGGGGCCUCUUUGGAAAAGUGUGACUAUGUUAACAUCCCAACCACGGUGUUCACACCUCUGGAAUAUGGCUGCUGUGGGCUGUCUGAAGAGAAAGCCAUCGAAGUGUAUAAAAAAGAGAAUCUGGAAGUGUACCACACCUUGUUCUGGCCUCUGGAGUGGACAGUCGCUGGCAGAGACAACAAUACCUGUUAUGCAAAGAUAAUCUGCAACAAAUUCGACAAUGAGCGUGUGGUGGGAUUUCACCUUCUGGGGCCAAAUGCUGGUGAAAUAACACAGGGAUUUGCAGCUGCAAUGAAAUGUGGGCUUACGAAGCAGCUACUGAAUAAUACCAUUGGAAUCCAUCCCACAUGUGGUGAGGUGUUUACAACGCUGGAGAUCACGAAGUCCUCAGGGCUGGAGAUUACUCAGAAAGGCUGCUGAGGCUAGUCCUGCUGUUGUUGGGCUUCCCUGUCACACUCUCACUCUGUGCCCAUGUGCCAGGAUUUCUCCUGGCACAGAGAUGAGAAGGUGGCGGAGGACCAGCAACAGCAGCAUCUGUAGUCUUUGCUGACGGCAUGCAGCAGCCAGGCUGCAUCCUUGACGCCUUGGUUCGGAACCCAUGGAGGUGAGCUAAGGCCGACUCGUGCCAGUCAGACUUGACUUCCCACCACGAGGCCUUGAACAGCACAGUGAGCCCACCCCUUCUUUCCCCCACGAGGCCUAGGAUGGCACAGUGAGCCCAUCCCUUUUCCCAGUCGCCAGUGUUUGACUCUCGCUUUGUUUCCAUGAUGAUACUGUAUUUCUCAGUGUGGACUUGUGAAGUGUUUAUCUAAUUAUUCUAUAUCAAUAAAAAUUGGG